AUGGGCCUCCAAGCCCCUUGCAAAGGCCCUUUUAAGGCUCUUGAAGGGUGGGUUUUUUUUGAUGGAUCCCAAAUCCCCUUUACAAAAGGCCCUUUGGAAAGGGUGGUUCUCGAUGUACCAAAAAACAACCACCCACCUUCCCAGCCGCGAGGUCCCUUCAAGGGCGGUUUGGGAAAGAUUGAUGAUUCCCACGGCCGCAGGCCCUUGAAGAUUCCCUUCAAAAAAGGUGUUCGCAGUCAAAGGGCCUUGGAAGGGUGGACAUGGGUGGACUCGGGCCCAGCCACCCAAAACGGGCCUCUGCAAGCAAAAUUUCAGAAUCAUCUGAGCCAUAGCAGUCGCACCUGUCCUUGA